UGGUCCCGUGAGGUCGCGGUUUGCUCCGUUCCCCGCCGCGAGGAGGGCUCAGCGGGACCGCUGCAGCCGCUAUCACGGGGUAUCAUGGAAAAGCUGCGGCGAGUGCUGAGUGGACAGGACGACGAAGAGCAAGGGCUGACCUCACAGGUCCUAGAUGCUUCAACACUUUCUUGGAAUACUAGAUUGAAGUGGUUUGUCAUAUGUUUCAUAUGUGGCAUUUUAUGUUCUCUUAUUGGAACAGCAUUGCUAUGGCUUCCAGGAGGGGUGAAACUUUUUGCAGUUUUCUACACUUUGGGAAAUAUUUCUGCAUUAGCCAGUACUUGCUUCUUAAUGGGACCUGUGAAACAACUGAAAAAAAUGUUUGAAUCAACAAGGUUGUUUGCUACAGUUAUCAUGUUGAUUUGUUUGGUGUUAACUCUGUGUGCUGCUCUUUGGUGGCAUAAAAAAGGAUUGGCUCUGCUGUUCUGCAUAUUGCAGUUUUUGGCAAUGACUUGAUCACAAAAGAUAAUUUUCAGUGUCCUUGAUGUGUCUUCUGGGUGGAUAACCUUCCUCUGCUUUGAGUAAGUUUUUACUGACCAGGGAACUGAUCUGAGUCCCAUCUAACCUGGAGCAGUCAUUGUAGUAGGUAGGAUUCAAAUAAAACACAAUGCUAUCUUGGGGAAUGAUAAGUUCAAAGGACAGUGAGCCCAGAUUGAUCUCCAUUUUUUUUUUUGGUGAAGGCCCUAGAAAUGGUAAUGACCUCACCUUAAUGUGAAAUACCCUCAAACCCUGAGAAAGGAGAAUUCGAUUUCUGACCAUUCAACAAAGAGAGACUGCCAUGAAUGUGUCCUUUGUCAUUCAGAAUUGUACCCUAAGGAUAACUGUAUCAAACUAUUGGUAGUUGAAUUUGGACUAUUUGGGAAGAGUCUUCAGAUCCAUCAGCUGGUAGGCAUAGGCUUCGACCCAGCUCAACAGUAAUUUUGGGACAGUUUGAAAAACUGCUGAAAGAUCUUCUUAUGAUAUUUUUAUGGGGCAGGUUAGAGGCCAUUGGAUCCUACCACACGGACUUGGUUAAGAGUCUUAAGUCUUAAGAAUUGUAGGUAUUUUUCCAGGAGCCUAGGAAUCUAGGAACUGAGGAGGUGAAUAAUGUGCCAGUCACAUCCCAAUUGAUUGCUAAGGCCGGUUGUUGCUGCCACAGUUUCCGAGGUUUAAAAAAAGACAGCUUCAACUUUUACUCCAGUGAAAGGAGACAUCUAUAGGUUAUUCAGUGGUUAACAAAAGGAGAUAUAUUUGGCCACCUGCUGUGCUCUGAGGGCACACCUGAGUGAAGCUCUCCCUGCUUUGGUGUGCCUGAAUUGGUCUGGCAGUCAAAUGACCUGAAAGGAGUUGGAGCUCCUUAGGGCUGUUUUGUAUUCCUAUAACCUGGAAGAGAUAUCAGGUACCCAAAUCUUUUAAUCCUCCUAGCUAAAAAAAAAAAAUUUCAAGGACAAUUUCAUUAUCUUUUUAAAAAAACGAGCCUAACCUGAAUGGAGGACAGGGGUUCUGAUAACUGAUUUCAACGUACUUCUGCAUCUAAAUAUGUGUCUUCUCUUCCUUUUCCCUCUUCCUCAAAAUUGUUUGCUAUUGCAAUAUCUCCAGAGCUGACCUCCUGUAGAAUUUUAGUUUGUGACAUCCCACCUGCCCUGCUUUUGAGCUCUUCGAAAUCUAUUCUUCUAAAAUCUAGAGUUCUUGUCAGAUGUUGGGCUGGUUUCCUCUUUUCUUUUACAGACUUUAAGAGGAAGUGAGUAUUUCCUCAGUAAGCAGUUUUUAUUGGUGAGAAUCUGAUCUGGAAAUGAAUUUCUUCUUCCCCUUCGAAAAUAAAGUUACCAUUAAAGCAAGUUAAGAAAUACUGAACUGCUGUUUUUUACAAAAAUGGAGCUCCAGCUUAUGUCCAUUUCUGACCCAAUGAAUAGAGUACUGGCAUGUUACUUAACCUUGUUUGCCUCAGUUUCCCUACCUAUGAAAUGAGCUGGAGAAGGAAAUGAGCAAACACCAUUUUUAUUUUUGCUCACAAAGACUCAGACACCCGAAAUGACUGAAUGUCAUCACCAUCACUUUUGUAUCAGGCCUCUAUUUUAGGCUUAUGAUCUGUUUCCUAAACUCAUCUUUUUUGGGGAGAGGGGUGGGAGGGAGAGUCUAGAUAGAUUGCAUUAUUUUUUCUGUUUUUACUUGCAUUGAUCUCCAUUCAAAUGAAUGUGCUUACUCUCCUCUCCUUAUGGUUCCCCCUUUUCCCCUAAUAAUGUCAGUAUUUUCUUACUACAUAAUGCAAACUUCUGCCUUUUACCCAUUUUCUUUCUUUUGAAUAAAAGGUACCUGUUUAAUUGCUUGCUGUUUAGGGGAGGGAGAAGGAGAAGAAGAAAGGAAAAAAUUUGGAACACAAAGUUUUGCAGGGAUGAAUGUUGGAAACUAUGUUUGCAUGUAUUUCAAAAAAGAAAAGGCUAUUAUUUUUAAAAAGAGGGUCCUAUCUAAAGCCAUAUUAUAGUUGUGAAUCUCAAAUAUGCCUUCCUGUGAUGUUAGGCUUUUUAAUUCAUCAUGCUUGUUGGCUAUUUUCUCUGCAUUUGUAUAUAGACUUUAAAGGCUAUGAAUUUUAUGACUUGGAUUUUUUGUCUUGUGAACAUUUUUAUGUAUUCACUACUAUGCUUCUUUCUACCUUCUAUUUAUUUUCUAUGGAAUGCAGUUUGGUGGCUGUUUUUCCUUCCUUAUUUCUUUUUAGUUUAACAGAAGGAAGAGAGGAGGAAAUGAGUACUUAUUAAACAUUAUAUCAGGCACUAUGAUAAAUUUUACAAAUUCUCUUGUUUGAGUCUCAUAACAACUCUGGGAAGUAAAUCCUAUUGUCAUCAUUCCCAUUUUACAAAUGAGUCCUUGUUAGAUAUCGCGCAUACCUUGUUAUUAUUAUAUUUUAAACUGUAAUCUAGAAAUCCAAAUCCUAUUCUAUCAUCUUCUUAACCCAACUAUUCACUUCCCAAAUAUGCUUUUCUUAUAUUUGUCAUCCCUUGUCAUCUUUUACUGAGUAAUGGAAGCUGUUCCUGUUCACCUAAGCCCUUUGAUUUCUUGCCCAAGAUUUUUUAAACUUUGACAGUGUUUUUUCUCAUUUUCAUUUAUCACUAUAAUUUGUGCCUAUGUGAAUCACGAGAAAUAUCAUCCGUUCUGGCAAGUCUUGGGAGAAUCUUCAGUGUUAUGUUUUGAUACAUUCCUCAGCUGAAAAGUAUUGAGCAAUUAGAUUAUUUUCCUUUAUUUUCUUCAAGUCUUAUGAUAUCCUUAAUAAUAAUGGCUCUUGUUUUCUCUAGUCCUCUCCUAUCAAUCUCCUGUAUUUUUAAAAGGAUUUAAUUCAAGGGUUGUAUACUAUUAAUUUGGGAAGGAACAAAAGGAUCCUUAUUGUUUGAAAUUUAAGAGGAAAAUGUUUUAUGACUUGAUGAAUGAUAAAUCCAUUCAAGUCUUUAUUAUUUUAUUAUUUACUAAGACAACAUGGCUCAGUAGUUUGCUGAAUAGAAGACCAACUUUUGCAUUAAUUUUUUCCAAAUUAAUUAUGAGCAUGAUAAUUUGUAUUAGAUUACAUUUACAAAUUAGAUGGGAUUUUAUAAUUUAGGCCAUUCCUAGAUCUGUGGGAUUAUAUAGUUGAAUCCUCUAGUUUCAUAGGCCCACAGUAAUUGAAUAAGUUGCCUAAAGUUACAGAGCUAAUUAGUAGCUGAGUUAGAACAAGAGUCCAAGUGUCUCGGCUUCAAGACCUCUGUUCUUUCACCAUUCACCUUAAUUAUGUAUAACCAAAAGAUACUUAAUUUGUUAGAAGUAGCAUACAGUAGUUUUCCAUCUAAUUAUGAAAGCUAAAAUUGUACUUUGAAAAUUUCAUUUAUUCUGUGUCUCUGAGUGGGAUGUUGAGUGUUUUUUUUCCUCAAGAGAUCUCUGCUUGAUUUGAAAGUAGCAUUAUAAUUAAGCUUAAAUCAACAAAAAAAUGAAUGCCAACAUUUUCAUGUACUCUGAGCCUUUCUAAGGAAACUACUGAUGGCUAAUCAAAGGCAGUUGAGCAAGUUAGUUUCAUCUCAAGACAAAAGCUAGGAAAAUCACCGUUAACAAAUUAAGCUUACCUGAUUAGCUCCCUCUAAGUAUAACAGGCAGUGGGCCAUGCAGAGGUAGUUGGCUAUAUAGGGACAGUGGGCACAACAGUUACCUAAAAGAAGGUCUAAAUUCAUAAGUACAAAGGACAAAGAGAAUGUUGUAGUAUCUCACAUAAAAUAAAUAGUGUUUGUUUUUCUGUUAUAGAGAAGCACCUAAGCUCAGAAUGUUGCCUGAACUCUAUCCUAGAGGAGGAAAAAAGAAUAUGAGAAAUAUCUUCACUCUCAUAGUGAGCAGGAAGCCUGAAGAGCUGUCUUUUUUUUAAUGGAAGAAAAAACCUUUACUUUUUCUUCCCCUUUUUUGGUGGGGGUGAGUGGUGAAGUGGAUUGGGGAGUUUAUUGGCAAAUAGGGAGUUUUGAAUAGGUUUUGAAUUUCUGAAUUAUGCUCAAAAUAUGAGAAUGAUGGACUAUUUGUCAGGGAUGGAGACUAUCUAACAGGGAUAUAUAAAAUGUUUCUUAUGGAAAAGCAUUUAAGGUGCAAAAAAAAAAAAAAGAAAGAAAGAA